AUGGAAGUCUGGAAUGCAGAACUACAGACACUCGAGGGCCAUUCUGGUUACAUUUCAGCUGUGGCCUUCUCACCGGAUGGUCAGACAGUGGCCUCAGGCUCCAGCGAUAACACAAUUAAGCUGUGGGACGCUACUACCGGCACGGAACAGCACGCACUCAAGGGCCAUUCUGAUUGUGUUACAGCCGUCGCCUUCUCACCGGACGGUCAGACACUAGCCUCAGGCUCCGACUAUGGCAUAAUAAUACUGUGGGAUGCCAAAACCGGCACAGAAUAUCAUACGCUUGACGGCCACUCAGAUUCGAUUGGGACCUUGGUUUUCUCACCGGACGGUCAGACACUAGCCUCCGGCUCAGCUGAUGGCACAGUUAAGCUAAGGGAUGCUAAGACUGGUACAGAAUAUCUUACGCUCGACUGCUACUCUGAUUCCAUUGGAAUUGUGACUUUCUCACCUGACGGCCAGACACUGGCCUCGGGCUUCGAUAAUGGCAUAAUUAAGUUAUGGGAUGCUAAGACCGGCACAAUAUGUCACACGCUCAAGGGCCAUUUUGAUUCAGCUGUAACUGUGGCCUUAUCACCGGAUGGUCAGACACUGACUUCCGGCUCCGAUGAUGGCACAAUUGAGUUAUGGGAUGCUAAGACCGGCACAAAAUAUCAUACGCUCGACGGCCACUCAGAUUCGAUUGGGACCUUGGUUUUCUCACCGGACGGUCAGACGCUAGCCUCCGGCUCAGUUGAUGGCAUGAUAAUACUGUGGAGUGCCAAGACCGGCGCGGAACAUCACAAACUCAAGGCCCAUGUAGAUGCGGUUGGAACCAUGGCUUUCACCCCGGACGGUCAGACACUAGCUUCCGGCUCCGAUGAUUGUACAAUCAAGCUGUGGGAUACCAAGACCAGCACUGAUAAUCACACUCUCGACGGCCAUUCAGAUUUGAUUCGAACUGUGGCCCUUUCUCCGGACGGUCAGAUGCUGGCUUCCGGCUCCGAUGACCACACAGUCAAGCUAUGGGAUACCAAGACUGGUGCAGAAUAUCACACGCUCAACGGACAUUCAGAUAUGAUUCAAACUGUAGCUUUCUCCCCGGACGGUCAGAUUCUGGCUUCUGGCUCCAAUGAUUGUACAGUCAAGCUGUGGAAUGCCAAGGCUGGUACGGAACAUCUGACACUUAAUGGCCAUUUGGAUUUGGUUGGAACCGUGGCCUUCUCACCAGAUGGUCAAACCCUGGCUUCCGGCUCCGUUGACGGCGUAGUUAAGCUGUGGGAUGUUAAUAACGGGAUGGAACAUCACACACUCAAUGGCCAUUUAUAUUGGGUUCAAAUGGUGGCCUUCUCGCCGGACAGUCAGACACUAGCCUCGGGUUCUGGCGAUGGCACUGUAAAAUUGUGGAAUGCUAAGUCUGGUAUGGCGCAUCACACAUUCAGAGGUCAUUCAGAUGCGAUUCGAGCUGUAGCCUUUUCACCAGACGGUCAGACUCUGGCUUCUGGGUCCGGUGAUGGCACGGUCAAGCUGUGGGAUGUCAAGACUCUCACAGAACAUCACACGCUUAGGGGGCAUUCAGCUUCGGUUCGAGCUGUGGCCUUCUCACCGGACAGUCAGACACUGGCCUCAGGCUCUGAUUCUCAUACAGUCAAGCUAGUGGAUACCAAGGCAGAUACAGUCAAGCUGUGGGAUGUGAAGACCGGGGCACUCCAUUGGACUAUACCUGCUGAGGGGCCUAUUAAAUACUUAAGCUUUUCCAACAGAGGCCCAUAUCUGUAUACAAACUUUGGUUCUCUUAGACUUCAGCAUAUGGGUAAUGAAUGUCCAACUCCAUAUAAUCCCACACCUCAAGCACCUCUGGCAAAUGAUUGGGUGGUUUUUGACGGUCAAAAAGCCCUGUGGCUCCCUUUGGAGCAUCGAAAACCUAAUUGUUCAGCAAUUAAAGAUGGUAUCCUUGGUCUCGGUCAUCGUCAUGGGCGGGUUUCCAUUAUAGGGUUUUCUGCACAAACAAAUUAA